GGUUUUCCAAAACUGCAUAAGCCCUGCAUGGUCAAAACAUCACGUCCAGGCAUUCAAGGGUCAAUGUCCAAAAAUGAUUCCCCUCGCGUUUAAUUUAGUCAAACGGGAAGCGUUUGAAGGCAUAUGGCACCAAUAUGCCGUGUACCCGGAUUACUUGCAAGAAAAAUGCACCGAGCAUUUCUUUCACGAUUACCAGUAUUGGAUGCAUUUUGCGCAAACCGAUUUUGAAAAUAUAUUGGUUCAAUACUAUUGUUACGAAUUCAAAACUUACCUCAUGGGGCGUCAGCAUAUGAAAUCUAUAUCGAUUUUCGUGCGUGAUCGUGAUCUGUCGCAAAAAACUUUAAAUAUAGUCAGCAAUGCUAUAAAACGUAAUUUUAAAUUUCCUAUGCGUCUAUUGAACUAUACGGACACUUCGUUUUGUACGGAGCUAGAGCUGAAAAUAGCUGAAGUGAGAGCCUAAAGGAUACAUUAAAAUGUAUUUUUAUUAAAAGCUAGUUUUUUUAACACCUUGAAAAGUAUAUAAUUUUGUCUUUAUUAAAGAAGGAUC